AUGGCCGACAUCUUCCCGUUCAUCGACGAGACUCUCGACUGGUGCACUCACUACGUCAACCGCAUCGAGACGCUCCGGCUGAUGGAGGCUGCCGCUCCUCCUGGCGACCAGCAGCUGAUUGAGAAGAUAGCUACCACCAAGAAGCAGUACAUGGAUCACCUCGCUGCUCUGGUCGCUGCGACCCAGAUGGUCCUCAAGACUUACACCGCCCACCAGCGCACCGUGCCCGCCCCCCGCAGCGUUUUCACUGAUACGGCCUUCUACACCGACACCAACGAUGACGACAACGGCAGCACCAGUGCUCCGAGUGAGUCGGAGUACUUCUCCGCCACGGAGGAGGUUUGA